AGUUUCAGACCGCCAUCGCUUCAGCCUUCAGACCUUCAGUGCUUCGCCUUCUGCAAUUCUACCCCUUCAGGCUUUACAGGGAAGGACCUUUAGCAAGCAGUUAGCGAAUCAGCGAGUCCUCUUCAGAACUCAGCAGUUCGUUCGCCGUACGCGGGCUGAGACCACUGCCCACCAUGGUAUGAAAACCUUUUGGGAAUUCACUCAAAUCGUGGCACUUAGAAGUUCAAAUUUGACGAUGGAGCUGGAAAAAUUGCACCCGGCUUGUGUAUGUGAAGUACUGGGGUGAGUGAGACACUGCAGAAAGAAGACGGUUGGAAGUCUAGCACAAUGCUGCACGAACUCUUAUUGGCCCUAUUAGGUUAUACUGGAGAUCUCAUCAUUGAUAAAAGAGAGCACCAGCAAUCACUUCGUGUUCAGUUGUCCCCUGACACGCCUAUUGCUGAAGAGCCUACCUUUGUACUCGCUCCUGAUCUCUCCUUCAUCCAACCCAGUGAAAGGGAUGUAAUUGAGAAGAUAAUUGCACUAGGUUUUUAUUACCGGGAGCUUGAUAGGUUUGCAACUAAGUCACGUAAUUUGAGCUGGAUUAGGUCCAGCAAUGAAUCGCCAUUGGCUAGAGCUUCUGAACUGUCAAAAGGGAAAAAAGAGAAACAGAGUGUAUACAGGAGAGCCAUUGCCAAUGGAAUUGUUGAGGUGUUGUCAGUUUAUAGGUCUGCUGUUCUGCAUAUUGAGCAGAAAUUCCUGUCUGAUUCAUUACCUAUUUUAGCAACGCUUACCCACGGUCUCAAUAAGUUCUUUGUCCUUUUGCCUCCUCUUCAUGAGCUCAUUUUGGAGAUUGAGCGCAAUGGUGCUUGUGGAGGGAAGCUUCUCAAUCUUCUGCACAAACGGUGUCACUGUGGCAUUCCAGAAUUGCAGACAUGCAUUCAAAGGCUUCUUUGGCAUGGGCAUCAAGUCAUGUAUAAUCAACUUAUGUCUUGGAUGGUAUAUGGGAUUCUUCAUGACCCAUACAGAGAAUUUUUUAUUGGAAGGCAGGAUGACAAGGAUUCAGAGACAGACUCAGGUUCAGAUGUGCUUGAGAAGUUGGCACACUUGUCAACUAGUGAUGUUUCUCUAUCUGAUUGGCACUUGGGCUUCCAUAUCUCACUGGAUAUGCUUCCAGAUUAUAUUCCCAUGGGUGUUGGAGAGUCUAUUUGUUUUGCUGGAAAGGCUGUCAGGGUUCUUCGAAAUCCUAGUCCUACUUUUCAAUUUGAUAGUGUAGUAUCACAUCAGCAGACACAAAGAGGUUCACAAAAGAGCCAAGAAUUCACUGAGAAGAUUUCUUCCCAGAAGAACUCAGUGGAUGUUCAGUCAGUUGGAGAAGAUUUACUCCCACAGUCUGAGGCUGAUAAGAUUGAAUCCUUGCUUCAAGACUUAAAGGAGUCAUCAGAGUUCCACAAAAGAUCAUUUGAAACUGCUAUUGACUCAAUUAAAGCAAUUGCCGCUAGUCAUCUUUGGCAGCUUGUAGUUGUACGUGCGGAUUUAAAUGGCCACUUAAAAGCCCUUAAAGACUAUUUUCUUUUAGCGAAAGGUGAUUUCUUCCAGAGUUUCCUUGAGGAGAGUCGCCAGCUCAUGCGUUUACCACCUCGCCAAUCUACUGCAGAAGCUGAUCUUAUGGCCCCCUUCCAACUGGCUGCACUUAAGACUAUUGGAGAAGAGGACAAAUACUUUUCUAGAGUGUCUUUGCGGGUUCCUUCUUUUGGAAUUCCUCUCAAAUCGGCACAACUUGAUUUGCCAAAGGCAAAUGUAAAUGCUGAUGGGGAUUUGGGAGGGCAAACUGAUGGUUCUUUGGAGAUGUCCCUUGAUGGAUGGGAUGGCAUUUCACUUGAAUAUUCUGUUGAAUGGCCAUUGCAGUUGUUCAUUACACAGGAAGUCCUCUCAAAAUACCAACGAAUUUUCCAGUACUUGCUCCGACUUAAGCGGACACAAAUGGAACUGGAAAAAUCAUGGGCUUCUUCCAUGCAUCGAGAUCACUCAGAAUUUGCUAAGCACCGCAAUGACCAUUCAAAAUCCCCAGCAUCACAACAUCGACGACAACAUAUUAGACCAAUGUGGCAUGUAAGAGAGCAUAUGGCUUUCUUGAUAAAAAAUCUUCAGUUCUAUAUUCAGGUGGACGUUAUAGAAUCUCAGUGGAACGUUUUGCAGUCUCACAUUCAGAAUUCUCAUGAUUUCACAGAACUUGUGGGCUUCCAUCAAGAGUACCUGGCUGCAUUAAUUUCACAAUCUUUCUUGGAUAUUGGUUCUGUCUCGAGGAUUCUGGAUGGCAUAAUGAAACUUUGUUUGCAAUUUUGCUGGAAGAUGGAGAAUCAGGAAGACAGUGGAAAUACUGAUGAGCUAGAGCAUAUCGCCGAGGAAUUUAACAAAAAAUCAAACUCCUUAUACACUAUACUGCGAAGUAGCAGGCUUGCCGGGAGCCAAAGAGCGCCAUUCCUGAGGCGUUUUCUUUUGCGCCUCAACUUCAAUUCUUUCUUCGAGGUGACUGCAAGAGGCGUAUUGAACGUUGUCAGGCCUCGCCCACACCUGCAAUGACUGUGGUUUUCCACCGCUCCAUAAUUUGCAUGAAUUAUUGAAGAACCAAACGCCCUCACCACUUCAAUGGAAAAUGCAUGUAAAGCCAUUUAACAUUCCGUGACUUGACAUGUAUAUAGGCAUAUAGCUUUGAUAGAAAAAAUGACUCAUUCCAGAUUUUGUCCACAAAAAAAUGAAGAAAAAAGAAGAAGAAGAAGAAAGAACACUUUGUGUGACGUGUGUCCUAAUUUAUACUAUGUGGGAUCAUGUUAUGCCCAAGAUCCUCUGCUUGCUUGCUAGCUGGUUUGACUGAUUGAUUGUAUCUUAAUUUGGUCAAUUCUUGCCGAGUAUCAUCACAUUGGCAAUUAGUUGUCAAUUUACUAUUUUAUUAUUGGACUA